AUGACAGAAGGAAAUCAUUCCAUAGUGACAGAGUUUAUCCUCACUGGGCUGACAGAAAAACCAGAGCUCCAGCUGCCUCUUUUCCUCCUCUUCCUAGCAAUCUAUGUGGUCACGGUGGUGGGCAACCUGGGCAUGAUCACACUGAUUGGGCUCAGCUCCCACCUGCACACCCCCAUGUACUUUUUCCUCAGUAGCCUGUCCUUCAUUGACCUCUGCCAUUCCACUGUCAUUACCCCGAAAAUGCUGGUGAACUUUGUGACAGAGAAGAAUAUUAUCUCCUAUCCAGCAUGCAUGACUCAACUCUACUUUUUCCUUGUUUUUAUUAUAUCAGAAUGUCACAUGUUGGCUGUAAUGGCAUAUGAUCGCUAUGUUGCCAUCUGCAACCCCUUGCUUUACAAUGUCACCAUGUCUUAUCGGGUCUGUUCGUGCAUGGUAUUUGGGGUAUAUAUCAUGGGCGUGGCUGGUGCCACAGCUCACACUGGCUGCAUGCUAAGAGUGCUUUUCUGCAAGGCUGAUACAAUCAACCAGUACUUCUGUGAUCUUUUUCCACUACUGCAGCUCUCCUGCUCCAGUACUUACAUCAAUGAGGUAGUAGUUUUGUGUUUCAGUGCAUUUAAUAUCUUUAUGCCAACACUGGCCAUCCUUGGCUCCUAUGUCUUCAUCAUCGUCAGCAUCCUCCACAUCCGAUCCACCAAGGGCAGGUCCAAAGCUUUUAGCACAUGCAGCUCCCACAUCUCAGCUGUCACUAUCUUCUUUGGCUCUAUAGCAUUCAUGUACCUAAGGCCAUCAUCAGUCAGUUCCAUAGGACCAUGGGAAAGUGUCUUCUGUUUUUUACACCAUUAUUGUGCCCAUGCUGAAUCCUUCUAUCUAUAG